AUUCAAUAUAUGCAGAUGCAGUUUCUACCCAGUUAUAUCAAUGGUUAUGAUCAGUUCAGUAAUAACUGUUCCACUAUUAUAAGAGAUUUAGUCGGAGAAGGAACCCAACAACUGUCAGCAAACACGGUGGCGGAGGACAGGGCCGCAGCAGCUUCCAAUAGACACAGCGAAGCGGAAAGAAGACGACGGAAGAGAAUCAACGGCCACCUUGCCACCCUCCGUACCCUCCUCCCCAACACCAUCAAGACAGAUAAAGCUUCAUUAUUGGCGGAGGUGGUCCGGCGAGUGAAGGAGUUAAAGAAGAUGGCGGCAGAAGCAGAAGUGGAAUCAACAAGUGACGAUGAUGAUGAUUAUUUCAUAAGUAGAAACAAGGAAUAUUAUAUGAUUCCAAGUGAGAUUGACGAGCUGGAAGUGACGUACGUGGGAGAAGAUUCAAGUAUGAUAAAAGCUUGCAUGUGCUGCCAGGAUCGGCCGGAACUUAUGGUGGAGCUACGGCGGGCGUUGGCGGUGGUAGGUGGGAAACUGGUGCGAACGGAGAUAGGGACACUGGGUGGAAGAAUCAAAUGUGUGUUAUGGGUUCAGAUAGCAAGAGAACAAGGGUUACCAGAGUUACGAAGAUCGUUAAAAGUGGUUAUGGAUCAGGCUGCAUUCUUGGAUCUGCCUCGAAACAAGAGACCACGUAUUUGAAUUUUGAUGAUUUAGAAGGAUCAUAUUCGGUUUUAUCUUUGAGGAAUUUAUUUACUAUAUUAUAAAAUCGAUUUUAUAACAUCUUAGAUAUGU